AUGGCAGCCAAGGACGACGACUACGACUACCUCUUCAAGGUCGUCCUCAUCGGCGACUCGGGCGUCGGCAAGUCCAACCUCCUCUCGCGCUUCACGCGCAACGAGUUCUCGCUCGAGUCCAAGUCGACGAUCGGCGUCGAGUUUGCGACCAAGUCGAUCCAAGCCGAAGGCAAGACCAUCAAGGCGCAGAUCUGGGAUACCGCCGGGCAGGAGCGGUACCGCGCCAUCACGAGCGCCUACUACCGCGGCGCGGUCGGCGCCCUCCUCGUGUACGACAUCACCAAACAUCCGACCUUCGAGAACGUUGAGCGGUGGCUCAAGGAACUGCGCGACCACGCCGACGCCAACACGGUGAUCAUGCUUGUCGGCAACAAGAGCGACCUUCGGCACUUGCGCGCGGUCCAGACGGACGAGGCCAUGGCGUUUGCCGAGAAGCACAAUCUGGCGUUCCUCGAAACGUCGGCGCUCGACGCGACCGGCGUCGACACGGCCUUCCAGCGCAUUCUCACGGAAAUCUACUCGCUCAUGAGCCGCAAGACGAUGCAGGCCCAAGAGAACGCGGCGAGCCUUCCGACCGGCAACAAGAUUGAAAUCACGGCGGACAACUCGGGCGCCGCCAAGGCCAAGAAGAAGGGCGCGUGCUGCUAAGCUGCUUGGAUACCACCAGUAGCACGAUCUGAUUUACAUAUUGCAGUACCUCG